AUGUGGGGAUCUGGACAGGACCCUGCCCUUCUUCCUCCUGCAGCAGGCCCGGCCUCCAGCACCCCCAGCCCCCUGCUGGCCUCCCUGCCCCUGCCCGCCAGGCCUCUGCAGCCCCCGCUGGACUUCAAGCACUUGCUCGCCUUCCACUUCAAUGGUGCCACCCCGCUCAGUCUCUUCCCCAACUUCAGCACGAUGGACCCGGUCCAGAAGGCCGUCAUCAGUCACACAUUUGGGGUUCCCUCCCCUCUGAAGAAGAAGCUCUUCAUUUCCUGUAACAUCUGUCACCUGAGGUUCAACUCAGCGAACCAGGCCGAAGCACACUACAAAGGCCACAAACACGCCAGAAAACUCAAGGCUGUCGAGGCCACCAAGAGCAAGCAGAGGCCGCAAACCCUGGCCCAGGAUGGGAUGCUGGUGUCCCCAUCCCCGACUCCAGCCAGUGGAGCCCCUGAAGAGCCACAGAGCAAAGUUCCUGCAGCCCCUCCUCCUGGUCCCAAAGUCCAGCCACCCCUGAGUCCGGAACCCACGGCCAGGGAGCCGGCCCACUCAGACGUCUUGGAUGCUGCCUCCUCUUCCUCCUCUUCCUCUUGCCCACCCUGCUCCCCAGAGCCUGGGAGAGAGGCUCCAGGGCCUGAACCGGUGGCGGCUGCUGUGGAAAGUGGUGUGAGUGGGGAAGGCAGGAGCGAGAAGGGGCGCCUCUACUGCCCCACGUGUAAGGUGACCGUGAACUCCGCCUCCCAGCUUCAGGCUCACAACACAGGAGCCAAGCACCGGUGGAUGGUGGAAGGUCAGCGGGGCGCUCCCCGCAGGGGCAGGGGCCACGCAGUGCCCCGGGGAGGAGCUGGACACAAGGCCAAGAGAGUGACGGGGGUCCGCGGGGGCCGGCAGGGGCCCAGGCCCCCUUUCCACUGUGCUCUCUGUCAGCUCCAGGUCAAUUCGGAGACCCAACUCAAGCAGCACCUGAGCAGCAGGAGGCACAAAGACCGCCUGGCCGGGAAGCCCCCCAAGCCCUCCAGCCAGCACAGCAGGCUGCAGAAGCACGCAGCGCUGGCUGUGAGUAUCCUCAAGUCUAAACUGGCCUUGCAGAAGCAACUCACCAAGACGCUGGCAGCCCGCUUCCUGCCCAGCCCGAUCCCCACCGCGGCGGCAACCAUCUGUGCCCUCCCAGGGCCCCUGGCCCUCCGGCCUGCGCCUACGGCAGCCACCACCCUCUUCCCGCCUCCGAUCCUGGGCCCAGCUCUGUUUCGCACCCCAGCAGGAGCCGUUCGCCCUGCCACGGGACCCAUCGUCUUUGCCCCCUAUUAGCCCUCCUGGGGAGCCCGGGGCUGAUUUCCCAGCAGUUGCCCUCCCCCUCCUCCUCUCCCCAAGAUGCCUC